AGAAAGCUUCUUGAAAUAUGAUCACCUUGUUGUUCCUCGUGAUGUUUGUUCCUCGUGUGCUAUCUUCUUCGACACAGGUGGCGGCCAUCUUUCCCCAGGACCCAGUGCUACGCGUUGGUUCCAGCCUCACAGCGACUUGCUCGGUUAGCGCCGAGCUGGGGAUUCACGCCAGCACACUUUUCUGGACCCUCAAUGGGAAACGUCUGCCCAGCAGCACCUACAGCGUGCUGGGCCCCACUGCGCUGAGCGUCACCCUGUCCCGGCUCAAUGGCUCGCGGCAGCAAUCUGGGGACAACCUGGUGUGUCACAACAGCGGAGGGCAUGUGCUGGCAGGGUCCUGUCUCUAUGUUGGCAUGCCUCCUGAGAAGCCAGUCAACCUGACCUGUUGGUCCCGAAACACCAAAGACCUCAGCUGCAAGUGGGCCCCUGGGGGGCAGGGAGAGACCUUCAUUAGAACCAAAUACACCCUGAAGUAUAAACUAAGGUGGUAUGGCCGAGAGAAGGGAUGUGAAGACUACAACGUCGGGCAACCCUACACUUGCUACAUCCCCCGUGACUUGGCCCUCUUCACGCCGUAUGAGAUCUGGGUGGAGGCAGCCAAUCAGCUAGGAACUGCCACCUCUGACGUCAUCACCUUAGAUGUCCUAGACGUGGUGACCACAGACCCCCCGGCUGAUGUCCAUGUGAGCCGUGUGGGGGAGUUGGAAGACCAGCUGAGUGUGCGCUGGGGCACCCCGCCUGCUCUCAAGGACUUCCUAUUUCAAGCAAAGUACCAAAUCCGCUACCGCCUGGAGGACAGCACAGACUGGAAGGUGGUGGAUGACAUUGGGAAUCAGACAUCCUGCAGGCUGGCUGGUCUGAGGUCAGGUACGGUGUACUUUGUCCAGGUGCGCUGCAACCCAGUGGGCAUCUACGGCUCCAGGAAGGCAGGGAUCUGGAGUGACUGGAGCAACCCAACAGCUGCUUCCACGCCCCACGGUGAGCGGCUGCUGAGCGGGUCGUGUGACCCCAAGUCUGGGGAGCAGAACUCCACGCUGCGGAGGGAGCUGAAGCAGUUCUUCGGCUGGGUGCGCAAACACGCCUAUGGCUGCAGCGGCAUGAGCAUCAAGCUGUACGACCAAUGGCGCGUCUGGCUGCAGAAAUCCCACAAAACACGCAACCAGGUAGAUUCUACAAGGCGAUAAAUCAUAGCACACGAUCAACACACAAAAAAGAAAAUUAAAAACAUAGAAACU